AUGGCCUCUCCCACUAUCCUCGUCACAGGCGCCACAGGCGGUCUCGGAGCCUCAGUCCUGCGCACCUUGCUCGACAAAAACCUUGCUCCUCCAUCUUCGUUCAUUGCGUCUUCCCGCCGAGAAUCAUCUCGAGACCGUUUCACUUCUCUGGGCGUGCAAUUCCGCGUAGUGGACUUCGACGACCAGGAGCGCCUUGAGACCACAUUCGAUGGAGUAGACAAGCUGUUCUUCGUCAGCACCGAUACUUUCGAUAUACAGAAGCGUGUCAGGCAGCACAGAAACGUUAUAGAGGCUGCUCAACGUGCUGGAGUCGGUCAUGUGUACUAUUCCUCGUUAGCUUGGGGAGGGUACGGGAAUGACUCGAAGAUAGACGUGCAGCAGGCGCAUCUCAUCACAGAGAAGAUGCUAGAAGAGUCAUCCCUCGUAUACACUAGCGUCCGUAUGGGAGUCUACGCCGACGCAUUCCCGCUCUUCAUGGACUGGUUCCCUACCACGCAAACCAUCUACGUUCCACCCAACACCGGACGUAUCGCCUACGCGUCUCGCGAAGAGCUAGGAGAAGCCACAGCCCACCUCAUGCUCCUCCAAUCUCCCGAAAGACUAUCUCGCAAGAUCGCUCUCCUUACCGGUCCCGAAGCCGCCUCUUUCGAAGAUAUCGUCAAAGUCAUCAACGAGACCACAGGGCGAAAUGUACGCAUCGAGGAGGUGCCGUUGAACGAAUGGGUGGACAAGAUGGUCGAAGUGGAUCAGGGAGGAAAGGGGAGGGCGUUCUUCGAGAAGAGGGUAUCGUGGCAUGAAGGGACCGCAAAGGGAGAUGGUGAGACGGUGGAUCCUCUGAUGGGGGAGCUGCUGGGUAGACAACCAAAAACAGGCACAGAGAUGGUUAGAGGGCUGUUGGAGAAGAACAGGGAUUAUACUUGGCAUCAGAACUACGCCAAACUUCACUAG